AUUCCAUACUACUCACUGUUCAUACAUACUACUUACUCCUUCACUUGCUGGGCUCCUACUAAGAGAUUCACUGCUUCCUGUCACCAUAUUCCGCAGCCAUGUCUGAACCACUCCAAAAGAUUGACUCGGCCAUCGAGAUAUCCCCCAAGGAUGAGAAGGCCCCCGACAAGGAUGCCAAGAAGUCCCACAGACGUACCUCUUCCCAUGCUGAGGGUGUCUACAACAUCAAGGAACUUGAGGAGAAGAAGAUCGAGAUUACCCUUCCAAUUGAAACCCAGAAGACUGGAUGGAAAUUGAACACCUCACCAUCGACUAUUGAGGACAAGGAUAUCCUUAAACUUCAGCUGGUCAACCCCCCGGUCAAGAAGAUCGACUUGCACUUCCCACUAGGGCUCGAAGUCACCGCUCGCAAUAUGAAGGGCGUCACGAUAAAGGAUGCGCUGGACGCGAUCUACAAGCAAUUCAAGAAGAAGGCCGACGAUGAGUUGGACAAGCCUUACCUCGCUGGUUUCGAGUGGGACAAGGACGAGUGCUGGACACGCCUCAUUGUUCACCAGACCAAGCAGGGCCCCCCUCAACAGCCCAGCAAGAAGUCCAAGAAGAAGAAGGCUGAAGAGGCAUAGACUGCAAUCUGCUUCGGACAGGCCGUGUCCAUCCUACAAUGUCUUCUCUCUUACUCUCUCUUUCAAUGGCUACUUCCACCAUACUUUGUGAUACUGUCCUCUUCGUGCCCUUGGCCUCUCUGGAACAGUAUCCGGGAGAGUCGAGGCAGGAGCUAGGCGAGGAGAUGAUAAUCCCUGUAAUCUGCCUUUGUUGUCUUUUCACUCCAACUCUCUGCUUUCGUUUCCCGUCCGAGGAUGGGCCUUGGCCGAGUUGACUUAGUGAGCACCGGACGAUCUUGUAUCUUCGAGCUCCAUUCCUUCAUUCAGAUUCAAUGUGGAGACACAGGAAUACUUAGUUG